CGGCUUCCUGGCACUGUGUUCCUAGGCCUGGGUCCUCAUUCCCCGCGCGGGCGCGGGUGGAUCGCCCAGGCUCCGACAUGUCUUUGGUCACCCUCAGGCCUCACUCCAGACACCCAACUCCUCCUUUCCUCACGUCGCCAGGGCUGUGGCGCGCCGGACUGCAUUUCCUAGGAGGCUGGGCGGCUAAAUGAGUUGUCAUCACGGGGCGGUGCUGACUACUUUUCCCAGACAGCUUUGCGGCGGCCGGGCCCUGAGGUAAAAGCUCCGCAGGAUCAUUUUGCAGUCGGACCGCUACCCAUCUCUGUCGUCUCGGAGGGGUACCGAGACUCCGACUCCCGGGGGCCUUUGCGACUGAUAAGAGACUACGUCUCCCAGAGGGCUUUGCGGCGUCUCGACCGGAAGCGACGGGCGAGCCGAGUGUCCUUGCGCGCGGAGCCGAGCAAUCAUGGUACCCCGAGUGUGGUCGCUGAUGAGGUUUCUCAUCAAGGGCAGUGUGGCUGGUGGUGCUAUCUACCUGGUGUACGACCAGGAGCUGCUGGGACCCAGUGACAAGAGCCAGGCCGCCCUUCAGAAGGCAGAGGAGGUGGUCCCCACCGCCAUGUACCAGUUCAGCCAGUACGUGUGUGAGCAGACAGGCCUGAAGAUACCCCAGCUCCCAGCCCCUCCAAAGUUUAACUUUCACAUCCGGGAGUCCUGGAAUUCAGGGAUCAUCACAAUGAUGUCGGCUCUGUCGGUGGCCCCCUCCAAGGCCUGGGAGUACUCCAAGGAAGGUUGGGAAUACCUGAAGGAGCGAACCAAGUAGCCUGUCAGAGGACGCCACCUGCCCCAGGCGGGGGAAAGGGGCAGGGGCACCGAGGACCUAAAGACACCAGACUGGGACCCCACUCCGAGGGCAGCUCCGGCCUUGCCAGUCCAAUAAAGGACUUGGAAGUGUUCCCCAA